UAAUUGAUAUAUCUUAAUAUGAAUAAGGGUAUUCUUUACGAACAUAUAGCAUAAAGACAACAAUGAGGUGAAGUGAAGAUCAUUAUCAUAAAAACUCCUUUGUUUGGGAAACUUAUAAUUAAUAAAAGACUUCGAUCUUCCAUUAUUGACUUCGAAAUGCUAAUUUUAUUUUUAAAUAAGAAACAAAAAUAUAAAAGAAGACACUUGUUUAAUAAAUAUACUAUAAUUAGAUGUAUCUUUUCCCAAUUGAUUCUAUACAUCUAUAACUUUAAUUGGAUGUAGUGUGCUGCUAACUCUUUAGAAUAUGAAAUGUAUUCUGUUAAUUCAAACUUUCAAUACAAUUUGUGAGUUAAAUUUUUUAUAUAUUAUUUAUUUCGAUUUAAUUUUUUAUUAAAAUUAUAAUAAGUUUAUACAAAAGAGUUACAUUUUUAUAAGAGUGAGUCUAAUGUUAAAUUAUGUGUUACUAAUAUUAUGCGCUUAGAACCGUUACCACGAAGCGUAAAGAACUUUUUCGAUAUACCAGUAUUUUGAGAUAAAAAUUUUAACAGUUAAAUCAAUAAAUUUUUUUGUAAUCAUUAUGUUUUUUACUGCAGAAGUAUGACAAUAGUUCGUCACUUCUUGCUUACAUAAGUAUGUAUAAAAUAUUUCCUUCCUAAAAAUAGUUUUUAAAAAACAUCUGUAUACAAAAACAGGAUUCGUAUAUAAAUUCAUUUACACACAUACAUACAAACAUAUAUCAUGAAAUGCAAUUUUAAAUGCACUUUCUUUCGAUAUCCAUUUGGCACACCAAGACAUAAGUCCUGAGUGAAACUUUUAUAUAGUUAAUGUAUUUAUGCAUAAAACAAAAAUAAAAAAUCAACUUUUAUCAGUAUCUAAAUUUUCUAUAACAGACUAAUCGUAAAUAAUUUGGCAAUAUUUUUGACAAGAAUAAAAAAUAAACAGUUUCAACAUUUUUUAUGAAGUAUACUCAAUGUGUUGGCGAUCGAUAUCCUUAAAUUGCAAAACUACAUUUACCAACUCGGUAGUUAAAUUAAAUUCAAAAUGCAUUUCAAAAUUACACACAAAUAUCAAUUUACUUAGAAAUGCCUUCUGUUUAAAGAUCAUCAUCGCCAAUACCUUCGAAUGCCUCAUUGUGGACAGAUUCUUCAGCACCGUUACGAAAGAAAACUGCAGAAUACGAACUCGAACUGGAUAUUUUUGGGUUGAAUUUCGUGCGAGUGCGUUGAGUGAAAAAUUUAACAGGUGCAGUUGGCGAUGAUGAAGAAGAUGAGCUUGACGUUGUAGUCGCUGUUGUUGCAGUCGAUGAUGACAUUAAUUCUGUGGACAAAGAUGGUGUAGAGGCGGACGACGUUAAUGUCGAUGGUAUAUGUGAUACUCUCCCGUUUCGUGAAACGUACGAUAGCAAUUGGGAUUGCGAAAUCUCUCUAACUCGUGUAUUCAAACCAUCAACAGUAUCUUUACAAUUCAGCAAUUCGUCAACCAUUGAUUGUAGACAAACUGACAUGAGCAUAGCUUGUGAACUGGUUAUGGUAAUCCAUCGUAAAGUCUGUUUAGACAUCAAGUAUUCAAAGGCAAGCUGUAAAUUUGUGGGCGAUUUUCCGUAAUUACUUGCAUUUUCAUCGGUACUGUUUGAAAUUGAUGAAUCUAAGUUGCAUGUGUUAUGCAUAGCUGUUACCCGCCAGCAACGCAUUCGUGUUACACGAAAUUUAGUCUCAUAAAUUUUUCCAGCUUUUGCAGUACGCAUACUUAACUCUUUAUUUCCAAUGGAAAUAAGUGCUGUGGUUUUUGGUUCCGGAUAGUCGAUAAGUGACGCACUGAAUUGCAAACACCCGUAAAGUGGUAAUUGUCUCGCCAUCUCUAUGUAUUCGGCUUGCAUCCCGUGCUCUUGCAAACUAGUUAGCUUUUGUAAAAUUUCGGGAGGCGUAAUUAUCCAUUCAUUAUCUAUGUCAGAUACAAUUUGUGCAAAAAGCAGUUUUAGAGCAACCUGGUCUUGCAACAGCCCCAAAUCAUACAUGGGAUUCCAAUAGCUUUUGCGAAUCAUUACUUGACACGACAAAGUUUUCUCUUGCGCCCAUAAACGUGAUAAAUACGGUGAUUCGAAAUCCAUUAAACGUCUUAAAAGCACCAAUUUGUUUUGUGUAAUAUCACUGUUUUGCCGACGCACCAAAAAUAGACAAAAAUGUUGCAUAAAUUGUGUGGGCAGUUGUACGCAUUCACAUACUUUACGCAAUACUGUGCUGGCAUUAUCACCAAUGUGACAAUUGACCUGCAGUGUGAGGUCAUUUGAUAGCCACACCUCCAAAACAGCUGACACACGCUUAAGAUCGCUACCACUGUAAUCCAGCCCUAAAAUACCAUCAGCUAAAGAAGUUUCCUGUUGUGCAUUCAGCAGAUAACUUUGAAAAUGAUCAAUUUUUGAAAUAACCGCAUCUUGACCACAUAAUUGCAAGUAAUGUUCUAAAGAAGCUCUUCUCGAUUCUAGUUGCCCAUUAGUUAAUGGUAGCAGGCGCUUUGGAGGGAAUGUCGUUGGCAACUGGAUAUUGAGAUCUGCACACCUACGACGAAGCUGUUCGUGCAGUGCAUGCAAUUGUUUAUAUCGCAAACAACAAUGGUAGCUGCCAUUAAUAUAUAUAUUGUAGCCUGUGUAGGUGGUACCAGUUAGCUCCGAAUAUAAUUCUUGCGUAUCCGGAAUGGAGAAGUGCAUGUCUUAGCCCAAGUUUCUGUUACUUCAAGUUUUAUUCUAUGCUCAAUAGAUACACGGCCACAGUAAUAUUUCUUAUCACUCUUUGUAUUUACAUAAAUAUUAUUAAGCGCUAUGUAUGAAAUUUAUAUUUUAUUAAAGUUUAAUAUUAGUCACAGUCAUUCACUUUUCUUUUCAAUUAAUUAAUAUUUGGGCUUUUGUUGUUUUCCUGACUUUUUAUUUCGUUCUUUCGUUGCGACUAACCAGAGUUGUCAAAUAAGCUUUGUUGCAAUAAAUAUUGAAAAUACGUAAAAUUUUGUAAAAGGUCCAUAUUAUAUAAAAUGUUAUAUUCUUAAACCGAUCUAUAACUAAUUUAUAUAGCAAUCAAAUAGAAAACAAUAAGAAAAUGUGAAAAAGUUCAAUAUAUAUUAACUUGUUGUGGUGUAACAUUUUCUGAUUAGCAGCACUGCUAUAAUUUUUUAUUAAAAAAUACUACCCUGAUAUUGAGAACAAGAAAUAAACCAUAACCAAAAAUAGUUAAAAUGUAAACAAACGCAAAUUGAAUUAGAACAUAGCUCCAAUUAUCAUGAACACAUUAAAUAUUGAGUUAUUACCUCAACAAAGGCAACAUGCAAAUAUAUUAAGCAUUUUUGAAGACGAAAAGUCAACUUCUCAUGGAUUUGUUCGUGUCAGUGCUCCAAUGGUGCGAUACAGCAAGUUGGAGUUUAGGCGGUUAAUUCGUCAGUACGGGGUAAAACUUGCCUUUACCCCAAUGGUUAUUGCAGAUUCUUUCAUACAUAGCCAAAAGGCUCGCGUUAAUGAAUUCACAACAUGUUUAGAUGAUAUUCCCGUUAUAUCACAAUUUGCUGCACGCGAUGCCUAUGAGUUUUCUGUAGCUUCCCAACUAAUAUAUCCAUAUGUUGAUGGAGUUGAUUUGAAUUGUGGCUGCCCACAGUCAUGGGCUAUAUCUAAAGGAUAUGGUUGCGGGCUUCUACGACACCCAGAGUUGGUUCGUGAUAUCAUACAAACUACUAGACGUCUUUUACCGCAAAGUUUUAGUAUAUCGGUAAAACUACGUUUACUCAAUGGAGUUCCAGAGGAAUCUGUUAGAUCUACAGUUGAAUUGGCGCGACAGCUAGAAAAAUGUGGGGCUACAUUUUUGACAAUUCAUGGUCGAACAAUGUGGCAAAAAACAUCAGAUCCGCUUAACAUAGCUGCUAUGGCUGAAGUAAAAAAAUCAGUACAUGUUCCUCUUGUCGUCAAUGGGAAUAUACGUAGCUGGCAAGAUGCACAAGAAUUGCAAGGCCAAACGAAAGCUGAUGGUGUUAUGGCAGCGCGCGGAUUACUUUCAAAUCCAGCACUAUUUGAUAAUAACAUUGAGGAAAAAGAAACACCAGUUGAAUGUGUGCAAAAUUGGUUAGAUAUCGCAACUCGGGCUGGUGAUAACAUACAUUUCCAAUGUUUUCACCACCAUCUAACAUUUAUGUGGAGUAGCCACAUGAAACGUAAAUUGCGUUUGGAAUUCAACAACUUUACAAAUAAGCAACAAGUGUUCGACUUUUUUGAAGAGCGUUACGGUUUAAAGCCGCAAGAAACAACACAUAGCAAUCCCUUUGACUAUACCGAGUGUGUUUAUCCGCCAGUGACACAUAGUUCUAAACCUCAUAAAAAUAAUGUCGAAGAAUCAUUGGAGGGGCAGACAUGGAAUGAAAACUCAAAUGGAAAAUAUUUUAAUGAAUUUAAGGAGGAGUUAUCGGAGACGGAAACACGAUUUGAUAACCAACAUGAGGAUGUUGCUUUAGAAGGAAGCUUUUUCACGGAUUUAGACUGAUUACCAUUUAAUGGAUAAAUAUUCAGACGGAAAUUGACUGUGUUUAUUAUUAAAUGAAAAAGCAAUUCAUAAAACAAAUUUUAAUUUAAUAAAAAUAUACACUAUUUUUUAUAUGCAGAUAAUUUUAACAAUUUUUUUUCUGAACAUGGUAUGUUAAGUUUGCCACGAAGUUUUUAAUACCCAGAAAGAAACGUCUGAGUCCCUAUAAAAUAUAUGUACGGUAUAUAUAGAUGAUCAACAUGACGAGUUGAGUUGAUUUGAACUUGUCCGUCUUUUUGUAUAUACAUAUAUGAACUGAUCUCAAAUUUUGUGCACAUCCUUUUCUCUCCAAGAAACUAAUUAUCGAAACCGCCGACAUCGGAUCACUAAAACAUAUAGGUUCCAUACAAACCUACCGAACCAAGCAAAUUCUUGUAUGGGCAACUUUUAUAUUUGACGAGUUGUCUUCAUGCCAUUUUGGUAUAAAUUAUUAUUCAAGGCAACUUAAUAAUCGCUGAAGAUAUUGUUUUGAUCGAACCACUGUAGCAUAUAGCUGCUAUAAAAACUAACCGAUCAAAAUCAAGCUCUUGUAUAGAAACUUGUAUUUGUGAAGGGUAUUAUAGCUUCGUUGCAGCCGAAGUUAACGAUUUUUCAUUUUUGUAUUGAAAAUGCAGUAUUCGACCUUCGAAUAAAAAUACUCGUUUUGUGAUUGUUUAUUAUUUUAGUGAUGUAAUAAUUAAUUUUUCCACUUCUUUUUUACAAAAUUACAGUUUAAAAAAUGUUUUCGCAGGAAUUUUGAAUCGAAAAAUAGGAAUAUAUAGAACUAUAACGCAGUAAUAGUAGGUACAGAUAAUACUAUUUGGAUGCAACCCUGUAGUUAUUGAUUGCAUACUUUUCGAAACGAAAAUAGGAAAACUAUUUAUGGAAGAAUUCCGAAACGAACUAAAAAAAGUAAAUUCUCUAUAAAAUUUUUAGUUAAAGGCUGCAUUAUAGCAUUAUAAAUCCUUAAUCUGCAGCAAAGAAUUGUCGAUGAACAAACUUCUUGAAGUUGUAUUUGUAUCUCUUUUAGACUGAUUGCAUUGCUUUUGUUAGCCAGAAGUAAUCAAGUGUGUUGAUAAAUACUAACAAAAAGGAAUGUAGAUAAAAAAUUGGGCACAAGAGAAAAAA